AGUUCAGUCCGUGGUGAGACCGAGGGCGAGCGAACCAGAGGACGGGACCCGGGGAGAAGCUCCGCAGAUCCGAAUCUCGUGCAUGGUGAUCUCCGGCUCUGUGGGUGAUCCUCAGUCACCAUGAAAGAGUAGGAACUCGGCUCUCCAAGGGAAAUGGCCUGUUUUGUAAUAUCCCUGCCCUGCUACCUGGCGUACGACUCCAGCUGCCUGUGAAGGGCCCAUCAGCUGUUUAUGGGAACUACUACUUGGUUCACACUCUUGAGGAUUUAAGCUUUUCCAGGACAACUCUUCUUUCUUUUUUCGCCCCUGGCUGUCAAGCCAAAGCAACAACUCUUUGCAAUAGAGUGUGGAGGCGCUGAGACAAUGGCAAACAACUCGUACAGUGGGGUGAAGAACUCCAUUGUGGAGGCCAACCACGAUGGAGACUUUGGCUGCACACUCAAAGACCUGCGCUCCCUCAUGGAACUGAGAGGCCCCGAGGCGAUAAGCAAAGUCGGUGAAACUUAUGGGGAUACUCAAGGACUCUGCAGCCGAUUAAAAUCUUCACCUAUAGAUGGUCUAAGUGGACAGCUUGCAGACAUCGAGAAGCGGAAAACAGUGUUUGGGGCAAAUUUUAUACCACCCAAAAAGCCCAAAACUUUCUUACAGUUAGUGUGGGAGGCGCUGCAGGAUGUCACACUGAUUAUCCUAGAAGUGGCAGCCAUAGUUUCACUAGGCCUUUCUUUUUAUAAACCUCCAGAUGCCAAAAGAGAUAACUGUGGAAGGGCUGCUGGAGGCAUUGAGGAUGAGAAUGAGGCAGAAGCCGGCUGGAUUGAGGGAGUGGCGAUCCUUCUUUCAGUUGUCUGUGUUGUGCUGGUGACGGCGUUCAACGACUGGAGCAAAGAAAAGCAGUUCCGGGGCCUCCAGAGCCGCAUCGAGCAGGAACAGAAAUUUACAGUCGUCCGUGGAGGACAAGUUAUCCAAAUUCCCGUGGCUGAGAUCGUGGUCGGCGACAUUGCACAAAUAAAAUAUGGCGAUCUCUUGCCUGCCGACGGCGUCUUAAUCCAGGGCAACGAUCUGAAGAUUGAUGAGAGCUCGCUCACAGGGGAGUCGGACCACGUGAAGAAAACACAAGAAAAGGAUCCAAUGCUUUUAUCAGGCACCCAUGUAAUGGAAGGCUCAGGGAAAAUGGUGGUCACUGCUGUGGGUGUCAACUCUCAAACUGGAAUUAUCAUGACUUUACUCGGGGCAAACGAGGAUGACGAGGAGAAUGAGGAGGAGAAGAAAAAGGAAAAGGAGGAGAAGAAGAAACAGAGGAAAAUUAAAAAGCAGGAUGCAGCUGUGGAAAGUCGUAAGAAAGCUAAAUCACAGGACGGUGCUGCGAUGGAAAUGCAGCCUCUGAACAGUGAUGAGGCCGAUGCUGACGAGAAGAAAAAAUCCAACCAAUCAAAGAAAGAGAAAUCUGUUCUCCAGGGCAAACUGACCAAACUGGCUGUACAGAUCGGCAAAGCAGGUCUGGUUAUGUCAGCCAUCACUGUUAUCAUCCUGGUGGUGCUAUUUGUAGUCGACACCUUCUGGAUCCAGAAUCUGCCCUGGGACAAGGACUGCACCCCCAUCUACAUUCAGUUCUUUGUGAAGUUCUUCAUCAUCGGCGUCACUGUUCUGGUGGUGGCUGUUCCCGAAGGCCUGCCGCUCGCCGUGACAAUUUCCCUGGCAUACUCCGUUAAGAAAAUGAUGAAAGACAACAACCUUGUGCGUCACUUGGACGCCUGUGAGACGAUGGGCAAUGCCACCGCCAUCUGCUCCGACAAGACCGGCACCCUCACAAUGAACCGCAUGACUGUGGUGCAGGCCUACAUCGCUGAGAAGUUCCACAAGAAAGUCCCGGAACCAGAGAACAUCCCCCAUUCCAUUUUAGAUAUGCUUAUUCUGGGUAUUGCAGUCAACUGCGCCUACACCACCAAGAUCAUGCCUCCGGAGAAAGAAGGAGGCUUGCCACGGCAGGUGGGUAACAAGACCGAAUGUGCCUUGCUUGGCUUUUCUAAUGACCUGAAGCGAGACUACCAGGCCAUCCGCAAUGAGAUCCCCGAGGAGAAACUGCACAAAGUCUACACCUUCAACUCAACCCGCAAGUCUAUGAGCACCGUGCUGAAGCUGGCUGAUGGCAGCUACCGUAUGUUCAGCAAAGGAGCCUCCGAGAUUCUCUUAAAAAAGUGCUAUAAAGUGCAGUUGGCAAACGGUGAGGCCAAGAUAUUCCGCCCACGGGACAGAGACGACAUGAUAAAAAAAGUGAUCGAGCCCAUGGCCUCAGAGGGCCUGAGGACCAUCUGCCUUGCGUUUAGAGAUUUCCCUGCUUCUGAGGGGGAGCCUGACUGGGAAAAUGAAAACGACAUCCUCAGCGGACUGACCUGCCUCUGCGUGGUGGGCAUCGAAGACCCCGUGAGACCCGAGGUCCCAGACGCCAUCAGGAAAUGCCAACGCGCUGGUAUCACGGUGCGAAUGGUGACCGGGGACAACAUCAGCACAGCUCGAGCCAUCGCCACCAAGUGUGGCAUCCUACUGCCCGGAGACGACUUCAUCUGCCUGGACGGAAAAGAGUUCAACCGAAGGAUACGGAACGCGAAAGGAGAGAUUGAACAAGAACGCAUUGACAAGAUCUGGCCCAAGUUACGAGUACUGGCCCGCUCCUCACCCACAGAUAAACACACCUUAGUGAAAGGUAUUAUAGACAGCACAGUAUUAGAAAAGAGACAAGUGGUGGCAGUGACGGGAGAUGGUACAAAUGAUGGUCCUGCCUUGAAGAAAGCUGAUGUCGGCUUUGCUAUGGGUAUUGCCGGCACAGAUGUAGCCAAGGAGGCGUCUGACAUCAUCCUGACCGACGACAACUUCUCCAGCAUCGUCAAAGCCGUCAUGUGGGGACGCAACGUCUACGACAGCAUCUCUAAGUUCCUCCAGUUUCAGCUGACCGUCAACGUGGUGGCGGUCAUCGUGGCGUUUACCGGAGCCUGCAUCACACAGGACUCUCCUCUCAAAGCCGUACAGAUGCUUUGGGUCAACCUGAUCAUGGACACCUUCGCCUCACUCGCUCUGGCCACGGAGCCCCCCACAGAGGCCCUGCUGCUGAGGAAGCCAUAUGGCCGCAACAAGCCUCUCAUCUCCCGCACCAUGAUGAAGAACAUCCUCGGCCAGGGCGUGUUCCAGCUCGUCAUCAUUUUCUCUCUGCUCUUUGCUGGUGAGAAAAUCUUUGACAUAGACAGCGGCAGGAACGCUCCUCUCCACGCCCCGCCCUCCGAACACUACACCAUCGUCUUCAACACCUUUGUAAUGAUGCAGCUUUUCAACGAGAUCAACGCUCGCAAGAUCCACGGGGAAAGGAAUGUUUUCGAUGGCAUCUUCAACAACCUCAUCUUCUGUAGUAUCGUCUUCGGUACCUUUAUUAUCCAGAUUGUCAUCGUGCAGUUUGGAGGGAAACCAUUCAGCUGCGUGGCUCUGUCCAUCGACCAGUGGCUGUGGUGCACAUUCUUAGGCUUCGGCUCCUUACUAUGGGGACAGGUAAUCUCCACAAUACCCACCAGCCGCUUAAAAUUCUUGAAAUCGGCGGGCCACGGCACCCAGAAGGAUGAGAUCCCCGACGAGGAGCUGGAGGAGCUGGAUGACAUGGAGGAGAUCGACCACGCUGAGCGGGAGCUUCGCCGGGGCCAGAUCCUCUGGUUCCGAGGCCUCAAUCGCAUCCAGACUCAGAUGGAUGUAGUGAGUGCGUUCCAGAGUGGAACUUCCUUUCAGGGGGCUCUAAGGCGGCAGGCCUCCAACUCCAGCCAACAACAGCACGAUGUAACCAAUGUUUCUAGCCCUACACAUAUCCGGGUGGUGAAUGCAUUCCGCAGCUCCGUCUCCCUCUAUGAGGGGCUGGAGAAGCCAGAGUCGCGAUCAUCGAUCCACAACUUCAUGACCCACCCCGAGUUUCGGAUAGAGGACUCUGAGCCCCACAUCCCCCUCAUAGACGACACAGACGCGGAGGACGACGCUCCCACCAAGCGCAACUCCUCCAGCCCCCGCAACGCCUCGCCCACGCCGCCCUCACCCACGCCCAGCAACACCGCCGCCCCCACCCCCCCGGUCUCGCCCUCCCCAAACCAGAACAAUAACGCUGUGGAGAGCAGCAACCACCUCGUCCCGGAGGGCCCCAAAUCAGGAACCCCCUCGGCCCCGGGGAGCCCCCUACACAGCCUGGAGACCUCCCUUUGAUCGGACCCCGCCCUCCCUCGCUCUGCACGUCACCAUCACUUUUCUACCCACCACCAAGGAGCUCGCCUCGGACUGAACGAAGGAACACUCGCAGUGGAGAGACGAAGGGCUAGACGGAGAGGGGAGUCCGGUGUGAGCUCGGCGUGGGCUGGACUCAAAGAACAGCAGACAUUCAGAGGAGUGUACGGCUUGGUGUGGAUGCUUUGGUCUUCUUUUCUUUUUGGUUCUUAUUAACACCCCCGCACACGAGGACUCCAGCCCUCCCUCCUGACAACUUUUGUUUCUCUCGGUAAACAGGGGGUUAUAUAAACUCAGAUUGAAAGUGACCUGUUUUUCUUAUUCUAUUAUUAAUAUUAUUAUUAUUAUUAUUUUAAUUGAGAAGGGGAGGCGCUCCCUCCUGGCUUGAAGAUCGUCUCUAAGAAAUCUGAAAGAACCUUAGCUUCUCUUUUAUCUGAAUGGUGUUGUAUAUUUAUCUCUUUGGCCCUUGCUCAUUCAAAACGUAUUUCUGCUCCAUUGGCUGUUAAUAUUUUGAGUUAUUUAUGUUUUUUUGGAUAAAAAGCAGGUCUGUUUACAAAGUUUGUAGAUACUUUUUUUCUGUUUGUAGGCAAAAGAGCUUCCUGAUGUAUGAUGCAGAAACGUGGGACAGAAAAAAAACGAUGAAUGAGAGGAUUAUUUCAGAUACUGCUGUAUUUUCAGGAAAAAAGGGUGUUUCUAUUGAAACUUAACUAUUUUUGCCUGCAAGUUUUAUUUGUUAUAUAUUUGUAGAUAAAUAUAGAAACCUCUAGCCAAACCGAUAAACACUAAGGCUUGUAUAGAAAAGAGGUCCACCGGGCGAGGUGCUUCUCACCAGAGUUGGGACAGGGAAAGACGAUUCGGGCCUCUGUACACUAACAUCGCUAUAAAUAUUUACUUCUUCCAUUUCUUCGAUAGUUUUUCAUGUGCACAAAACCUUCUGGAGUUCUGGAUUCUCUUUUUCAUUCAUUCUGUUGUGUUUGAGAAUUUCCACAUGUUGAAAGGUUCACUCAUUAAAAGGGAUUUGUUUUUUUGUUUUUCCUUGGAGAAUUAACCCCGGGCCUCGUAUUUAACAAGCAUCUCGGAGCUGCGGCUGAAAGUUGGAGCAGGAGACGAAGUCUUACCUCAGAGUCGGACACCAGGUCCUUCAGAAGCCUCCAGCGCUCGCAUUCAGCACGAACUCCAGGUUUUCCUUUUAGAUUUCUGUGGUUUUACAACUUCACCUAGUUGUUUAUUAUUAGUUUUACUAAUGCAGAGAAUAAAAAAAAUCACUGGACUAAACAUUAAAGCUAACAAUUAGAUUUUGCCAAAACUCACAAAAGCAUUAAAACGACUUUUUCAUGUCAUUAGCUUUAAAAAAAGAUCGGCUUUUUAAACCAACAGUUGAAAGUUGCGCUAUAUCACAAACUGUUGAUCCAGUGCACCUGGAGUAAACGUGAAUGUGCCUUGGCUUUAAUGAUGAUAACAAUAAUUCAGACGAUGCUUGGUUCUGUCAUUCACCUCGUUCAAGAAACAGGUCAAACCAAAUAAACCUCGUUCUUUAAACUUUAGGAUUUCCUGCCUCUGGAUGCUUGAUAAAUAUGGCUCCUGUCAUCAGUUUGUUUUUUUCAGCAAAACGUCAGGCCCCUUGCCAAUGUACGACACUUACAUUUGUUUACUCAGGCAUAGAAAAAGUAUUUUAAUUUAAGAGAAAUCCAUAAAGACAGAAAGAAACCUUAUUACUUCAGAUAUUCUGUAUUUAGAUAGUCAAACAUUGUCCUGGUUUAAAAAAAGAAAAGCAAGUGAAUUAUUUUCAAUAUUUCAUUCAAUCUUUUCAAUCAACACUUUAAGAAACAAAACUUUAUUUUACUUUACUGACUUCUUGUUUGACCUUUUGAAAAAAUCCAAAAACCGAGGAAAAAAAUAUUUUUUGUUUUGUCCUUUUUCUUCAGUCCUGUCCCAAAAGACUCCCUCAUGAAUACAAGUUGCUGCAUUUGAUCCGUUUGUGAGAUAUUUUUGACACCUGAUGUACUGGAAUUGCUAAAGAAUUUGGUCAUGUGCAUUUUUCAAGAAUAAAGACUAUAGGCAUACACUGGUAUCGAACAGCACAGGGUACUUUUAUUUCAUAGCGUUCCUCGGUGGGUGUGGGGAGAGAGAAAAAAGGGAUUUUGAUACAAAUCACAAUAAAAGAUGUACCUUUGUAUUUUUAUGACGAUACUGAUGAUACCUUGCGUCGCACUUACAGCGAUUUUGGAUGAUUUGACACCAAUCACAUUCUACGGGGAGGGGGUUUGGCCACUAAAAUGUGUGUUGUUCUGGAAUAUUCAUCUCAGGGUGCAAAUGGUGUGAAAGAGAACAGGCUUCUGCUUUUGUUUGUUGCUUAAUUAACAGUUUGGGGGGGGCGGUGCUUAUCGAACCACACGGGGUCGAGUCGCGGCGGCGGGCUGCAGAUUGUUCCUGCAGCCGGCCGGACGCCUCCACCUGCAGGGCCGUGGACAGGGGGGGGGUUGGGUAGAACAUGGAGGUCAAAAAAUGUUUUCAAAUCACAGCAUUCUCUGAGGAGAUGGUUUUUUUUGUUUUGUUUUUUUCCCCUCUUGUUUUACAGAUGACAAAACAGCAGCUAGGAUAUUCAUAUGCAGAGUGAGAAAAAGUCGAGCGGAAUCUACACGAUAAGUUAGUUCUGUAGCUUCUUCCUGUAACGGGAACGAAUGUUUUUCUUUUUUCCAUCUGUUUUAUGGAUUAUUAUUUUUUUAUCUUUUAACAUUUGGAAAUAAAAGUACUUCAUGUCUGUUUAUCUUGAGCAUUUUAAAUGGAUAUCGUGAUUGGAUUUACAUUUGAAACUUGUCGAGUAAUGUGUAUGGUUUUUAAAAAUAAAAAAUGUAUUUAGCCUAA